AUGUCCAGAACGACCACCAAGCCUUUCUAUGCAAUCCUCAACGUACUGGAACAUGCGCCCACCAAGGAAAUCACAAAAGCGUACAGGCUCCUGGCUCUCAAAUACCACCCCGACAAAACUGGGGGAAGCGAGGAAAUGAUGAAACGAAUCAAUGAGGCUUAUGGCUGCUUAAAAGACCCUGUUAAAAGGAAAGUGUAUGACCGAACCGGCUCGGUAGAAGGCGCAGAGAACGACGUAGGAGGGGUGAUUGAUGAACAGGAUAUCCUAGAGUUCGAACAACACUACAGGGGUAGUUCGCUCGAGGAAGAUGACGUUAUAGAUUUCGUAACUCGGUUUGAGGGGAAUGUCACCAAACUCUUUGAUUACAUUCCGCUGUCAAGGGAAGAAGAGCUUGAAGACCAUAAACGGCUACUCAAAUUCGCUAAGAAGUAUAUAGACCGCCACGGCACCGAACGGAUGAAGAAGAACUUCCAAAUGUCGAGCAAGAAACUCAAAGUGAAAAAGAAAAAAUCGUCCUCAAAUGCAGGGACCUCCUUGGAGGACCUCACAGCCCAGAUAAAAGCAAACCAAGCGCGAAGAGCGAAACAUACAAUGAAACAAGUCUCAGCCAAAUAG